AUGGAAAACCAAAGCAGAAUCAGUGACCUGCUUGUACAUGCCCUUGACAACCUUCCUCGGAAAGACUUCAAAAGAUUUAAAGACAAACUAUCACACUCUGACUUCAACGGGAAAGGUAACAUCCCCCGGGGUCAGCUGGAGAAUGUCGACGUGAUAGACACUAAGAACCUCCUGAUGGAAUUCUAUGGUGCAGAGGCUGCAGUGGAUGUAACCAUAGACGUUUUCACUCAGAUCAGCCUCAGAGAGGCUGCUGCUAAACUCAGAAAGGAAAGAGAGAAAGUUUUUUCAAAGGAAAAGGAGAAAACAGCAAAAUUUGAAGAAGAAACAAGAGGGAAAUGUACAGAGAUACACCACGCCAAGGAGCAGGGAGAAGAUCAUCCUUCUCUGAAAGGCUCUGAUUACCAGAAGAAGUACAGAGAACAUAUACAAGAAGAAUACCAAAUAAUAGAAGACAGGAAUGCUCGCAUAGGUGAAUGUGUGAGUCUAGACAAAAGAUACACAGAACUGCUUAUUGUAAAGGAACAUCGGCAGCGGGAGGAGAAAGAACAUGAAAUAAUCACCAGAGGAAGGAGACACGCAGAGUUGAUGGCUCAACAACCCAGUCUCACUAAGAUUAGUGUUUUAUUUGACCCUGAUAGAAAUCGGAAAGGCCCAAGAACUGUUGUGCUGCAGGGAGCUGCUGGAAUUGGGAAAACAAUGACAGCAAGAAAGAUCAUGUUGGACUGGGCAGCUGGAAAACUUUAUCAGAAAAAGUUUGAUUAUGUUUUUUAUAUAAAUUGCAGAGAAAUAAAUCGUGUUACUGCACAGAAAAGUGUUGCUGAUUUGGUUUUAAACAGUUGUCCUAAUGGAAAAGGACCAAUUAAAGAAAUCUUUGAGAAGCCAGAAAAACUCCUGUUCAUAAUAGAUGGUUUCGAUGAAUUGAAUUCCUUGCUAGAUAUUGAUGAAGUUAGUCUGUGCACUGACCCAUUUGAGACGAAGCCAGUGAAAACCAUCCUGUGCAGUUUACUGAGAAAGAAAGUUCUUCAAAAAUCCUUCUUACUGAUCACUACAAGACCAACUGCUCUGGAGAAACUACAGCACAAUUUGAAGUCACCAUAUUAUGCAGAGAUAAUGGGUUUUUCUGGAGAUGAGAGGAAAGAAUAUUUUCAUAAAUUCUUUUGUGAUGAAAAGAAAGCAACACAAGCCUAUAAUUUUGUGAAAGAAAAUGAAAUGCUCUUCACCAUGUGCUUUGUCCCCAUUGUGUGUUGGAUCAUCUGCACGGUUAUGAAGCAACAAAUGAAAAGAGGGGAAGAUCUUGCACAAACUUCAAAAACAACAACCUCAGUAUAUUUGCUCUUUCUGUCCACUCUGCUAAGUGAUGAUUUCACUGACUCAAUACAACAGUCUAAAACUACCCUGUGGAAGCUUUGCUCAUUGGCUGCAGAUGGAAUUUUAGAACGGAAAAUACUGUUUGAAGAAGGUGACCUGAAGAAACACAAUUUAUCCUUGUGUAACAUUCACUCUCUCUUUCUGAAUAAAAGUAUUUUUCAAAAAGAUACUGAAAGUGAAAGUGUCUACAGCUUCAUUCAUUUGAGUUUCCAAGAGUUUUUUGCAGCUCUUUUCUAUGUGCUAGAGGAAGAUGAAGAGACAAUGAAAAAAUCAUUGACUUCUAAGAAAGAUGUGAACCUCUUGCUAAAAACUUACGGAACAUCUAAAAAUAAUUAUUUGAUGUUAACGGCACGUUUCUUGUUUGGUCUCUUAAAUAAAGAGAGACUAAAUGACAUAGAGAAAAUGUUAAAUUUUAAAACAACCCCUAAAAUAAAGCAGGAUUUAUUGAAGUGGUUUGAAGCAGAAGCUAAAAACAUCUCCUCUCUGCCCUAUAAGACCUAUGAGGAACUGUGUGACCAGCUUGAGUUGUUUCACUGUUUGUAUGAGAAUCAGGAAGAAGAGUUUGCGAAAAGCGCAAUGGAUAAUUUCCAAGAAAUUAGACUGGAACACAUCAGGCUUACAACAAUGGAUGAAAUUGCUCUUUCAUUCUGUGUAAAGAACUGUUCUAGUAAGCAGUCACUUUACCUGUGUAAUUGUACGCUUGGGAUUGGAGAACGAGAAGAAGGAUGGAUAGCAAAGCUACGGAAAUGGUUAUUUCCUCUGAACCCACUUAUGAAAGAUCCGAGAACUUCAACUGCAUACUCAUUGUUGCAAGGACUGAAGGAUCCUAAUUGUAAACUGAAGGCAAUAUUGUUGUGGCAGUGCAGUCUCACAGCUGCUUGCUGUGGGGAUCUCUCUGCUGCCCUCAGUACAAACCAGUCCCUGACUGAGCUGGAGCUGAGUGGGAAUAAACUGGGAGAUUCAGGAAUUAAACUUCUGUGUGAAGGACUGAAACAUCCCAGCUGUAAACUGCAGAAAUUAGUGGUUUGGGAUUGCCAUCUGACUGAUGCUUGCUGUGGAGAUCUCGCCUCUCUGCUCAGCACAAACCAGUCGCUGAGAGAGUUGAACCUGAGCGGUAAUAACCUGAGUUAUUCAGGAGUGAAGCUUCUGUGUGAAGGACUGAAACAUCCAAACUGCAAGUUAGAGAAGCUUGAGUAA